AUGGCUCGAGGUUUGCUUCAAGAGCAUCAUAGAGGUCCCACUGCCAACUUAAACAAUGUGCAAAGUCAAUUUCAUGUUUAUGAAAGUGAAAAUUUGAUUUUGAAAGAUAGAAAACCAGACAAUUGUUCAUAUGGUGAUUUAUAUUCUUAUCCCAUUGAGUCGUGUAAACUUGAAGUGCAUGAGGUCUGGGAUUUGUUAGAACAUAUAGAGGUUUACAUGUUAUCAGAUCAAAUGUUUUGUGUCAUGGAUUUCCUACAGUGGUUUUAUGAAGAUGAUAAAAAUACUGGUGCAGAGUCUAUGAGAGAGACUGCCAUAGUACCAGAAAUUUGGCUAACUCCACAGAAAGGAAGGAGUUAUUGGCCGCCUCAAUUUAAAGAUAGCAUGCUGAAAAUGCCAGUUAAUUCAUCAUGGCCUAAGUAUGAAGUAGAAAUUAGGGGCACAUAUGAUUCUUAUCGAAAUGCCAGAAUGAAGCUUUCAAGAGCAGUCGAGACUGAUAAUUUUGAAUCAGCUCCUGAAUCACACGGAAGGAACAAACGUAAGAAAAAAGUACCCAAGCGUUUGGACGAUUCAAGUUCAGAAAGUGAUACGCGAUGCCUUGUAUCAUCUCCUCCCAAAAUCUACCAGAAGGAAAACAAGAAAAAAGUAAAAAAUUCAAUCAGUAUGGAUUCUUGGUCAAAGCAGAAAUUUACAACCACUGAAAGAAUCCAAGACAAUUCUUAUCAUCUUCAAAGUCUCAGUUGCCAACAAUCAUAUCUGUUUAAUGGAGUGAAGAGAUCUUUGCAGGAAAUUAUUAAGAACCAACAAGAAAUAAAAGCCAAAUUAAGAAAUCAUGACACAAUGCUAGAGAAUGUCUUGAUGCUUGUAGCAAAUGAUUCUGAGCAAUUAACAAAGCCAUAAG